UUUUGGAUGCUCCGUAUGAUCCGCCUGCUGCAUAUAUAUGCUUUCUUUUGCUUCGUCAAGGCAUCAUCAAAGUACUAGUAGUGAUGGCAAACAAAGUGACAUGGGGGCAAAGAGGCUGGGCCCACUUAUCGGACGUCCGCUCGCGCUCGCCCUUAGUUCAGUGCAUCACCAAUUUCGUCUCCAUGGAUUUCAUGGCCAACACCCUGUUAUCCGCCGGAGCUUCCCCUGCAAUGAUCCACUCCGCAGACGAAAUCCCGGAGUUCACUCCUAAGGUGCACGCGCUCUUGAUAAACAUGGGUACGCUCACUGCCGACUGGCUUCCGGCCAUGAAAUUGGCGGCGCAGGUGGCCAACCAAGCCGGGAAGCCCUGGGUGCUCGACCCCGUGGCCGCCGGCGCGUCCAGUUUCCGGUUAAAUGCUUGUUUGGAGCUUUUGGGAUUUAGACCCACAGUUGUUCGAGGAAAUGCCUCUGAGAUUCUUGCGCUUUCUAAAGGUUGCGUGGAUUCUAAUUCUAAGGGUGUUGACAGCAUUCAUGGUUCAACGGAUGCUGUAGAAGCAGCUAAAUCUCUGGCUCGAUUAACUGGAAGUAUAGUUGCCGUUUCUGGAGCUACUGACUUUGUCACAGAUGGCCAAAGGGUUAUUGGCGUACAAAAUGGCGUACCUAUGCUGCAAAAAAUAACUGCAACCGGAUGCUCUGUGACAGCUCUCGUAGCCGCCUUUGUUUCAGUUGAUCCAUCACAUGCUUUGGAAGCCACGGUUUCCGCCCUUUCCAUCUUUGGGAUUGCUGGUGAGGCGGGGAUGGAGACCGCUAAAGGUCCAGCUUCACUGCGUACAAACUUGAUUGAUUCACUUCACAGUCUAGAUGAAGAUACCGUGCUUUCUCGGAUCAGCAUUAUCAGCUUUUAAGUCUUGGGGGAUGCUACUUGAAUGUGUUUAGAAUUUAGAGUUGCCUCAAAUUAGCCCAACCGAGGUUCAGCUUGAUUAGUCGCACCAGAACAAUAUAGAGAAAUUUGUGUUUAGAACUUGUCUACAAAUAUAAAUGCAUUCUCGCAAUAAUAUGGGGAUUUUUCUUGCCUA